CAGCACAAAAGCAGAAGUACGGAAACGAGUUUUCCCUCUUAAUUCCCUCAUUAAAAUACUAAAUUCUGCAAUCAGACAGCCACUUAAGCUUAAGUCGUUUCCUGAAUCAAUUGCCUAUGCCUUUUCUUUAUGAGCCAGGCGAAUUGCUUUGAGUUUUAAUGCAACAACAUAUAAUUGAUAAAAGGCAUUCUAGAAAUAGUGAAAUAUCUUUAAAUGUGAAGAACUAAAGGGCCAAUCAGCCUGAUUCUAUUCAAAUUUAUCCAUGCCCUAAGGCACUCGGAGUAUAACAAGUGAAUGGAGCUGCUCUCAAUCAGAAAUAUAAGCAGCCUAAUUAGUCGCGGAUCAAGCGUAAAAUUCAAGAUUUAAUAUAGGCACGUCAAGGGCUCGAUUUAUUUAUUUUAAAACCUCUGCCGGAGCACACACCUUUUGUUAUUUAUGCCAUGAUAAAGUGGAUCUGGCUGCUGUUCUCCACAUUGUUUAUUCGAGAUAUAGGCGCUUCAAGUAAAUGGUGCCAAACUGACCUUUGCAGAGGACAACACGUGCUUUGCGAGGACAAUGGAAAGUUUCACUCUACUUGUCCCAAACAAGCCACUGCUGUUGUGGAAAUGAGCUGGGAUAUGAUAUACCUUAUCGUGGACCAGCACAAUGAAUAUCGCAACAAGUUUGCCGGCGGAAUGGGUCAGCAUGCGAAGGCGGCCAGGAUGACCACGAUCGAAUGGGAUCCGGAACUGGCCAAAGUAGCUGGUGCUCUGGUGCGUCGGUGUGAGCCCAUCAGAGAUCAGUGUGCCAUAACACCGAACUACAACCAUGGGGAAGUCAGCUACUCGCUGGAAAAGUACUUCUGUAUGACCUCGAAAAAGGACGCCCUGAGGAAACAACUUGAUCACUGGUUUGACCCAAGCAGUAAAGACGAAGUGCAUAAGCUUUUCUUCUCAUGGACUAGCAAUCAGGAACUGUCCAAAAACUACUUUCAGGUACUGAGGGAUCGAGCAAACCGCGUGGGCUGCGCCAUAGUGGAAUAUAUUAGACCAGCUCUGGUCCACCAGUUGCUGAAGUGCGUUUACAACUGCGGAGUGAGCCUCUGCGAAGAUGAAGACAAUCCUGUCUACGAGGACACCGAUGAUGAACCCGCUUCGGAGUGCAUGAAGGGAACCAAUAAAAAAUACACGAAUCUUUGUCACAAAGAUGAGCUCGUGAAGAGCUGCAGUGGCGGCUCUUUAUUCGAAGAACCUGAAAAUGAUUAUAAUGAUGGUCAAAAGGAGAAUGUUGAAUAUGACUAUGAUGUCAAUCACAUGUCCACCGUGUAUACACUUCCAACUUACGACCCAAAUGACGUGUUGCCUCCGUUACCAGACAACCCCGACUUUAAUCCAGAAGACCUUUUAGGAUCACCUAGAAAAAACGGAAAUAAAAGGCAUUAAAAAUU